UUGUGCGGACCUUUGUGAGAACAGUAUAACAUCGAACUGGACCUAAAUUUAAGCGAUUAUUUCUUCACUUCAGAAGCCUAAAACCUUCAUUUCUCCCUCAGCUUCCAGACAUGGAGAGUUUAUAUUCUGAUUUUGGAAAAAAAUUCAGCUCUGCAGCGAUGUUAAAUGGGUGAUUCACCGCGAAAUGUGGCCAAUUCCGACAUUUGUUUUGAUACCACGAAUCACGAUGGAUGCCGCCUACUUUUCGAAGGCAAUACCUAGCUAUUUGUUGAAGUUAUCAUGGAUUUCACCAAUUUGGUUAUUAGAAAAAUGCUGAAGUGAGCCAUGAAGCCGGGCUGCAAAGCGGUCCAUUUAGAUCCUGCAUAAGACGACCGGACCAAGAAAAAUGAAGACAACAACCGUUUGGUGUUUAGUAAUUGCUAUCUCAGUAUUAGCCGUUACCGAGUCCUCGAAAAGACACUCCACCGAGGAAUUGCGAAAUGAAGGAAAAAGAUUUCUCUGGGGCGGACCUACCGUUCCCCCUUUUUUCGUUGGAGACAAGCGUCCAGUUGGCCUUCCUGACAUUAGUAGAGGGAUGGAAAUCCAGCAAGGAACGCCCCCCUCUUUUGUUUCUCUCUUCGAUCCAGUCACAAACACUCCUUUUUAUUCAGCCUACAAAGUUUUACCCGGGCAGGCAAAAAACAUUGGCACAAAACCGAGGCCCAAAAAUCCAAAAUGGAUGGAUCCUCCAGGUGUUCCUGGUGUCGAUAAUGCUUAUAAACAAGCCAACCUAGAAGCCAAACGCAGGUUCAGGAAUGAACUUACCAGAGGCCAUAUGAAUCCCUCAGGUAUCAAUUCCUUUAACGCAAAUUUCAUGAAGGCUACUUUCACCCUUACGAAUGCUGUACCUCAGUUUGAAGCAUCAAACAAUGGACCUUGGAGGGUUUUUGAGGAUAUGAUAAAAGAUUAUGCCAAAAAAACCUGUGGGAGCCAAACCCGGCAAGGAACCCUUUACCUACUGACAGGCAAGUCCGAAAAUGGCCUCAAGUCCGUAACGAAGCCGCAUGUUUCGACCACAUUUACAGUGGGACAAAAUACAGUAACACUUGAAACUCCCCAGGCUGUUUGGACGGCGGGAUGCUGUGUGUGGAAGGAGCCCGGAAAGUUAUUUGGAAAGUUAUGGCAAACUGAAAAGGCCGAGUCCUUUGCAGUGAUGAGCAACAAUCAUUACGACGGAAACCAGCUACACCAGACACAAAUGAGUGUAAAUGUCCUGGAGACGCACUUGAGGGCAACAACAUCGACAACGAACGUGGAUUUGUUCCCUGGAAAUACAAAUUGUGCUCGAAACAACAAAAUACUAUAAUGAUAAAUCGUCGAGAAAUAAAUACUGGGCUCUAAGCAUUCUAAAGAAACUGUUCUAGAACCAUCUUAAAAACAAAACGAAAAGAAAUUCGCUCCUUUCAUUAUAGACCGUACUA